AUGGCCAUGAGCGAGGAGCGACAAACGCACACAGGGCUUAAAGGCGCCACAGUUACAGGCGAUAUUCAGGACCAGAUUUCGUUUACCGAUGCUAACAGGACAGUUGGAGGUUAUAUUGAAGAUGAGCAGGCUACCGGAAUCAUUCAUCGGGGAAAAGCAGGACUGCCGCGGUUCUCCUCUACAGUGGAGGUAACUAAGACUGGAAGUUCAACCGAGUCCCAAAUGUCGACUAAGGAGAACAAAACCGAUGAUGACCAAGAUCUCGAAGACUUCAAUAUUGACGACGACGAUUUCUUCUAUGGUGACUAUAUUUCAAGCAAGAACAAUGCAGAGACUGAAGCGGCCCCGAUCGUAAUGGAAAAAAAUGACGAUAUCGAGCAGCUAAGUCGGUCUGCUGAAAGAACCGAGCAAGCACCCGAUGUCGAAUAUAUUACCAGCUCUUCAGAUGAAGAGCGCGACACAAUAAACACAGAUUCUAGGUCAAAACGUCGAAGAAGAUCUGAUGCUUCCCUGGAAGAGUUAGCUCAGGCGCCGAGACUCGCUAAAUCACCGAGAGGUCACCCACGAGGGAGUUCGCGUGCUGUGCGUACCAAUUCACUCCCACAACAUGAAAAAGACGAAGAUGACAAAUUUUUUGAAGAGCUCGAACGAGAAGCAAGCAGAACUGCAAGCACAGUGAAAGAAAGUUCUCCCGCCGUUGCGCAAAGAAUCUAUAACAUUAAGUUUAUUUCCGAUUUAGAGGGGAGCGCUGGUAGAAGGAUAAAUGUCAAAGUAAAGGGCAAACAGUCGUUUGAUCAAAUUUUGCCGGUUGCACUGAAAACCAUAAUAAAAGAAUACAAAAUACCAGACGCUUUGCAUCCAAUAUACGAGACAGAUAAAGUCACGCUCUAUCGCGACGGCGUCAAAAUCUUGAACUUCAUGAAUUGCAAUUCUUUACAGAUUCCACUUGAAUUCAAAGGUGAGGUUAGCGAUGUUUGCUUAACAAUAAUUUCGAAAGGUCAAGAACAAAAUUUUGAAGCGCUUUAUGAGCAAAGCAAACACAGCAAUCACGAGUUGGUACCAGCAUUUAUUGAGCCAGGAACAGAAACCCCGGACUUCACUGUGGAAGAGUAUGAAAAGGAGUUAAGGAAUGUUGAUUUCAACAAAAACACGAGUGUUCAAAACCAGCCGCCACCACAAUCUGUCGAUGACAACAUCAGAAUCGCAUUGAUGAGCCAAGAUAACAAAAAAAUUAUUGUGACUGCCAGACCAGAAACUACAUUUGCCGCACUCGCCGAGCAUUACCAAAAGUUGACAUCUUUGCCGCCUCAGCAACAAGUCUUGCUCUUCUUUGACAACGAAGAACUUCAUUUGGACAGCAAAGUGUCAGAUGCAGACGUGGAGGAUGACGACAUUGUAGAAGUAGUCAUAAAAAGGGUAUAA